ACACUGAGUGAUCUGUGACAUUUAAAUGAACAAAAAAUAUUUUCAUUUACCCUUGAAGUUCCUUAAUGCAUAAAUACUUGAAACAUUUCCACAGAACAGUUCCUUUUGCAUACAAUCAAUAAAUACAAUAAACACAAACAGAUGAGGAACAAAACACAGUUCACUCCAGAUUAUAAACUAGUACUAGUUUGUUGGCAUCUUGACAUCACCAAAACCCACUGAAGGUGUAAAUAUAUAGAAUAUAAAUAUAGAAAGGAGAUCAACCUGCAAAAUGCACAGAAAAGAUGGACAAACCACUAAUCUCCACGAAAAUGAUGACGUUAUAAAAGAAAGUGUUUGUGUGAAGAUCAGAAGCUCCAGAGCAGCUGCAGUGUGUUUGGUGCUGCUGUGUGUUCUUCUGCUGACUGCAGUCAUAGUGCUGUGUGUCCAUAUCCAUACAAAGAGCUCAAACUACACACCAGAGACACACCAGCUACUAACUAACAUCACCAACCUCUCAGAAGAGAGAAACCAACUACUAACCAUGAUUACCAACCUCACAGAAGAGAGAGAUGGGCUGAAAAUAAAGAACAAAAACCUGACCAAUGAGAGAGAUCAGCUACUAACUAACAUCACCAACCUCUCAGAAGAGAGAGAUGGGUUGAAAAUAAAGACCAAAAACCUGACCAAUGAGAGAGACCAGCUAAAAUUGGAGAAAAAUGAUCUUCAAAUGAUUGUUGGUAAACUGGCAGAAGGAUGGAUUUACUCUAAGUCCAGUCUUUACUUCAUUUCCUCUGAAGUGAGGAACUGGACUGAGAGCAGAAGAUACUGUACAGAGAGAGGAGCAGAUCUGAUCAUCAUUAACAACCGAGCAGAACAAGAAUUUGUCAGUUUUGAUGGUUUCUGGAUUGGUCUGACUGACAGUGAUGUGGAGGGCAGAUGGAAAUGGGUUGAUGGCACCAACAUGACCUCUGGGUUCUGGGCAACUGCACAGCCUGAUAAUUCCAAUGAUGAUGAAGACUGUGCUUAUGCUUUUUCAUCAGGAUGGAAUGAUUAUCCGUGUAAAAGAGCAAUAAGAUGGAUCUGUGAGAAGACUAUUUUUAAAUGACACAUUUCAACAAAUAUGUGAGCAUAAUGCAUUAUGAACACACAAGCAACUCAUAAUAAUCUAAUAAAGCAAAAUGUAAUAACU